AUGAGUUCCAAGGGUAAAGGCAAGAACAAUAAAGGAGAAACCAGCUCAAAAAAUGAAAGAAUUGCUAUCAUAUCUACCGACAGGUGUAAACCAAAGAAGUGUAAACAAGAGUGUAGGAAAAGUUGUCCAGUGGUAAAGACAGGAAAAUUAUGUAUCGAAGUUACACCAGCAUCUAAGAUUGCAUUUAUAUCAGAAACCUUGUGCAUUGGAUGUGGUAUCUGUGUUAAGAAAUGUCCCUUUGAUGCAAUUACAAUUAUCAACUUACCAACCAACUUGGAUGCCGAAACUACCCACAGAUACUCAGCAAAUUCCUUCAAAUUGCACAGGUUGCCUACACCAAGGCCAGGCCAGGUCUUGGGGUUGGUAGGUACUAAUGGUAUUGGUAAAUCCACGGCGUUGAAAAUCUUGGCCGGUAAACAAAAGCCUAAUUUGGGUAGAUACGAUGAUCCACCAGAUUGGGAAGAAAUUUUAAGAAACUUUAGAGGGUCCGAAUUGCAAAACUAUUUCACAAAGAUAUUGGAAGAUGAUAUCAAAGCCAUUAUCAAGCCACAGUAUGUUGAUAACAUUCCUCGUGCGCUAGCCAAAUCAAAAGUUAAAGCAGUUGGUGCUAUUUUGGAAUCAAAAAAUGAAAGACCAGACGCGUUUGAUUAUGUUUUGAAAGUAUUGGAGUUGAAGCAUGUUUUGGAGAGAGAUGUCGAAAAUUUGUCAGGUGGUGAACUACAAAGAUUUGCUUUGGGUAUCACGUGCGUUCAAGAAGCCAAUGUCUAUAUGUUUGACGAACCGUCUUCUUACUUGGAUGUCAAGCAAAGAUUGAGAGCGGCGGAAAUUAUCAGAUCACUUUUAUCUGCCACAACAUAUAUUAUUUGUGUUGAGCACGAUUUGUCAGUUUUGGAUUAUUUGUCAGAUUUUAUUUGUAUUCUUUAUGGAGCUCCGUCUGUUUAUGGUGUUGUUACUUUACCUUCCUCCGUAAGGGAAGGUAUAAAUAUCUUCUUAGAUGGUCAUAUACCUACUGAAAACAUGAGGUUCAGAACUGAGUCUUUGCAAUUCAGAUUAGCAGAUGCAGCAGAUGACUUAAUCUUGGAUAAAUCAAACUCAUUGGAAUACCCAACUAUGACCAAGACGCAAGGUGAUUUCAAAUUGGAAGUUGAGGCAGGUGAUUUCACAAAUUCUGAAAUUUUAGUCAUGAUGGGAGAAAAUGGUACCGGUAAAACUACAUUCUGUAAGUUGUUAGCUGGUGCUAUAGCCCCAGAUGGAGGAAAAGAAAUUCCAAAAUUGAACGUUUCAAUGAAGCCGCAAAAGAUUGCACCAAAAUUUACAGGAACUGUAAGACAGUUGUUCUUCAAGAAGAUAAGGGCGUCUUUUUUACACCCUCAAUUUCAAACUGAUGUUGUUAAACCAUUGAAAAUUGAAGAUAUAAUUGAUCAAGAGGUCCAAACGUUGUCAGGUGGUGAAUUGCAGAGAGUUGCUAUAGUGUUGGCAUUGGGUAUACCUGCAGACCUCUAUUUGAUCGAUGAGCCAUCCGCUUAUUUGGAUUCCGAACAACGUAUCAUUUGUUCCAAAGUCAUUAGAAGAUUUAUUUUGCAUGCAAAGAAGACCGCCUUCAUUGUUGAGCACGAUUUCAUCAUGGCUACAUACUUGGCUGACAGAGUCAUUGUUUUUGAAGGACAACCAUCUAGACAUGCAUAUGCAAGAAGUCCCGAAUCUUUAUUGACUGGUUGUAAUAGGUUCUUGAAAAACUUGAAUGUAACCUUCAGAAGAGAUCCAAACUCCUAUAGACCAAGAAUCAACAAAUUGGACUCCCAAAUGGAUAAGGAACAAAAAUUGUCAGGCAAUUACUUUUUCUUGGAGAAUACCGAGUUGUAA